AUGACAACAUUCGUCUCAACGUUUUUGAUAAAAGAUCAAAUGAGAUUUACUCAAGCAACAAGACUCUCUGCAACUACUAUUAGAAAAAUGGCUGACCAAUUGAAAAUCGAAAGAAUCACUCCAGGUGAUGGUAAAACUUUCCCAGUUAGAGGUGACCAAUGUGCCAUCCACUACACCGGUACUUUGACCUCCGGUAAGGUCUUUGACAGCUCCAGAACUCGUGGUUCUCCUUUUGUCUUCACUGUUGGUGUUGGUCAAGUUAUCCAAGGUUGGGAUCAAGGUGUUCCUCAAUUGUCUCUUGGUGAAAGAGCUAAGUUCACCAUCCCAGGUAACUUGGCUUACGGUCCAAGAGGUUUCCCAGGUUUGAUUCCACCAAACGCCACUUUGGUUUUCGAUGUUGAAUUGUUGCGUAUCAACUAA